ACACAGGGUAUCAGAGUGAAGUUAGCCCUUACAGCAAGCUCGAGAGAGAGAAAGACGACGCACUCACGCUCAGAAAGCUUUCUCAUCUCUUGCAAGCAGAAAUGGCGGAGGAGGCGAUUCUCGGCUACUUGGAGACCCACGACCUAAUCUCUGACUCUGGUGUCUUCGCCGCUGAGCGCGGAAUUGGUCACAACGAGGUCGUCAACAUCAUCAAGAGUCUCCAUGGUUUCCGAUACGUCGACGCCCAGGACAUUAAGAAGGAGGCAUGGGUGCUUACUGAUGAGGGAAAAACGUAUGCUGCAACGGGAUCACCUGAAGUACAACUAUUCCUCGCCGUACCACCAGAGGGUAUCCCAAAAGAAGAACUACAGAACAAGCUUGCGCCAUCAGUUUACAAAAUAGGUUGUGCCCAGGCCGCAAAGAAUAAAUGGGUGGAGAUGGGAAAAUUAAUAACCAGAAAGGUUGAACAUGUGGAUGAUAAGGUGAAAGAUUUACUUCUGCGGAUAAAUGAUGGACAGGCUGUUGACCAAGAUGGCAUUAAGGCUCUCAAAGCAAGAAAGCUUAUUGCUCCACAGACAUGGAAGGGCUACUCAGUGAAAAAGGGUCCCAAUUAUGCUCCAAAAAGAAAGAAAGUUGCUACAGAUCUGACUCGGGAGAAUUUGCAGGGGGGGGACUGGAAGGAAUUGGAGUUCAAAGAAUAUAACUUCACCGCUAAAGGUCUUCCCAUUGAAGGCGGUCAUCUUCAUCCACUCCUCAAGGUAAGACAUCAACUGAAGGACAUCUUUCGACAAAUGGGGUUUGAGGAAAUGCCGACAAACAAUUUUGUUGAGAGCAGCUUCUGGAAUUUUGAUGCGCUUUUCCAACCACAACAACACCCCGCACGCGAUUCACACGAUACGUUCUUCUUGCAAGCUCCUUCAACUACAAAGGAACUGCCUGAAGAUUAUGUUGAGCGGGUGAAGCGUGUUCACGAGUCUGGUGGUUAUGAUUCUAGGGGAUAUGGAUACGAUUGGAAAAGAGAUGAAGCAAACAAAAACCUUUUGCGAACUCAUACUACUGCUGUUUCCUCCAGGAUGCUUUAUCUGCUGGCACAGAAACCAUUUGUUCCCAAGAAGUACUUCUCUAUAGACCGUGUUUUCAGAAAUGAAGCAGUAGAUCGGACUCAUCUUGCGGAGUUCCACCAGAUAGAAGGUUUGGUAUGUGAUCGAGGGCUUACGCUUGGUGACUUGAUAGGAGUCUUGCAUGAUUUCUUCUCCCGUCUGGGUAUGUCGAAGCUGCGGUUCAAACCUGCUUAUAAUCCAUAUACUGAACCCAGCAUGGAGAUUUUCAGUUAUCAUGAAGGUUUUAAGAAGUGGGUAGAGGUUGGGAAUUCUGGCAUGUUUAGACCUGAGAUGUUGCUUCCCAUGGGACUCCCAGAAGAUGUUCGUGUUAUUGCAUGGGGUCUUUCCCUUGAAAGGCCUACCAUGAUUCUGUAUGGGAUCGAUAACAUUCGGGAUCUCUUUGGACCCAAGGUCGAUCUUAGUCUCAUCAAGAAAAAUCAAAUUUGUCGGCUUGGAAUUUAGAAUACUAUUUUCUAUUGUUGUAAAAUUUUUUAUUUUAUUCCAUCGCUACUUUUUCCUUUUGAGAACAAUUUGGUACCUGCUGAGUUCAUUAAAGGAAACAUUGCGUUUUUGGUGCAAAAUGUACAUGGGAGACCUAGUUUAAUCAAUUGAAUAACAGCUCAACUAGUUUUGUAUCAAAA